AUGUCUCUUGCGCGACUCCCUGUCUCUUGUUCGACACUGCUCGGACCGUCACAGUCAGAGAAUAUCGGACUGCCUUUUACGACGCUUUACUUUGCCAACGACGUAGCGAUGUGGAAUAUCUUUUCGCCCUCUUUCACCUGGCCAUACACUUACAAAGUCUCACACGAUCUCCACAUGCAGCCACUUCCCCGAGCAUCUCCCAAAGCCAUACAGCGGUUUUGGGGAAUCGUUCACGAACGCUUGGUGAGCCUUUCGUGGUUCUAUUGCCGCUGGUACGGGAUCGCAUUCUGUAACCAAAUCAUGCAACUCCCUUUUGGUCUCAUCCUGAAAUGGUCAGACGGAACGCUCCUAGAGGAAGUAUUGGCCAUGAAAGCCGCUCGAAAAGCUGGCAUACCCGUGCCUCGAAUUUUGUGUUACGGCAAUCACCCCGACUCGCCUCACGCUCCUAUGUCGAUAAUGAUGACGCGAUUGCCAGGACAAGAGCUAGGCCAAGUGUAUGAAAGUCUCAGCUCCACAGAGAGAGACACCAUUCUAAGUGAGAUGCAAGCCUACCUCGGAUCCAUACGCAGAUGGAAGAGUCCUUGGGGUGAGAAGUGUAUAUGUUCAUCAUCCGGAAAAGCUAUCAGGAGUGUUCGCGUGCCAUACCAUAAAAUGGGUCCUUUUGAGUCCGAGCAGUCGAUGAACGAUUACCUACUUUAUCCUGCCGGGCCAGACAUGUGGCACACGUUGGAAGAAUUCGAAAGCCUGAAACGAAGAGUGGAAAGGCUCUUCUCGGACAAGCACCGCAUCGUCUAUACCCAUGGAGACCUCAAACACCACAAUAUCAUGGUGCAUAAUGGUCGUGUAUCAGGCAUUAUUGACUGGGAGUCUGCGGGUUGGUAUCCAGACUAUUGGGAGUUUACCACUGCUAUAAGGUCUGCGCCGGAAGACUUUUGGUGGUACGAGUUUGUUUUGGAAGCUGGGCGGUGA